AUGGAUUUUGGAUGGCCAAAACGUCACCACUCAGGCAAUCGUCAGCGCAGUCGUAGCCGUUCCCGCAACAGGGGUCGUUUCUACACCCAACCCAUCAAUCCAACUCAACUGAAUCCCGUUGAGCCGUCAGUGAAAGAUGCGACUCCUGAAGGAAUCGCUCAAAGUGAAGCACUCAAGAAGACUGUGAACGAGCGAAACCCGUACUUCAUGGUCCAAUUGGCGCAAGGCUCAAAAACGCACACAAUCACCGAUGUUCGAUCGACCAAUCAACUCUAUGAGAAAGUGGUUGAAUGUUUCCCGGAAGUUGCCUUGGACGAUAUUCUUUAUUUGACUGUUGGCACAUACAAGCCCGAUAUGACAGCGGUGGUGGCUGGCCAGCUCAACUUUGGCGAUCUCAUUUUUGUGCAUUUGAAGGGAGAGAAACGAGUGGUCGAGCUCUUGAAGACUGAACGUUUGAUGGGAAUGACGAUCUCGGACAAUGGAGCCGGCAAGUGUUUUGUCAAGAAGCUCAAGCCAGGAUCGACUGCUGAGAAGGCACGACCAGCCAUCGAUGAUGGAAUGCACAUUGAGAAGGUCAACGACACGAGCGUGGUCGGCAUGCGACACUAUCAGGUGGCAAAUCUACUUCGCGAGAUUCCGAUUGGACACACUGUGAAGCUUCGUUUAAUCUCUCCACUCCAAUCUGGAUUCUCAAUGCUCGGCGCUCGUUCGCAAGCCGCUUCAUCGAAACCAAAGAAAGAGCUGGAGAAUGGAGGAAUGACGCUUCGAUUCAAAGCCAAUGGAAAUGCUGUCGUUCAACAAAUACCCGAUCCUACUAAAGCACAAGAAGAUGAGGGAGAAGUGCCAGCUGGGGUGGUUGCAGCAAUCAAUCGUCUUUUUGAAGAGUACAUUGGAUUCUCGGAUGAAGAGUUGUCUCGAAAUGUUUGCGAGAUUGCCGCUACUUGCACCAGUCCGUUUGAUAUGGUAAAGAAGCUCAAAGAGUCGGAAAUCUCUGUGUUCUCGUUCCCGGAUGAGUUGGUCUUCGACAUGUUCGGUCUCUACUCAGAUCUCAAAUCGGGACGGGGAGUUCGCGCAUCGACCACUCCAAUUGCUCUCGCCAAA